UCUGUGAUUGAAAUGCAGCCCUCUUCCUGUGACACGUUUGUGGCUCUACCACCCUCCAGUGAAGGGGCAUUCGUCAUCUUUGGGAAAAACUCUGACAGGCCAUGUGACGAAAUCCAAGAGGUUGUAUAUUUCCCAGACAGAGACUAUAAUGCAGGGGAGAAGCUCGAGUGUACGUACAUAGAGAUUGAACAGGCUGCCCACACCUAUGCAGUUGUGUUGAGCAGACCAGCGUGGCUCUGGGGGGCAGAGAUGGGUGCAAAUGAGCAUCAAGUUUGCAUUGGAAAUGAGGCGGUGUGGGGGAGAGAGAAAGCUGAUUCUGAGGAGGCUCUUCUUGGCAUGGAUCUUGUCAGACUUGGACUUGAGAGAGCUGACACAGCUGAGAAAGCUGUGGAUGUUAUCACUGAGCUUUUGGAGAAGCACGGCCAGGGAGGAUCAUGUAUGGAAGACGACUGUGGCUUCACCUACCACAACAGUUUCCUCAUCUCAGACAGAAAGGAGGCAUGGCUGCUGGAGACGUCAGGGAAGUACUGGGCUGCAGAACGAGUGGAAGGUGGAUAUCGAAACAUCUCAAACCAGUACGCCAUAACAACCAAGAUAGACAAAGAACAUCCAGGAAUGAGGGAAUAUGCCAGAGGCAAAGGCUGGUGGGAUGGGCAAACAGAGUUCAACUUUGCUACAGUUUACUCCUUUUUAACCACAGCCAGGAUAGAGGCAGCUGGGGACCGAUGCUGUGAAGGGAGGAAGCUGCUGGAGAAGAAUGACGGUCACAUUACUGCUGAGGCUAUGAUGGAUAUCCUGAGAGAUAAAGACAGUGGCAUCAACAUGGAGGGCAUGUUCAUGACGACAGGAAGUAUGGUGUCUGUGAUACCCGCAGACCCCGCUCUGCCAGGGGUUCACUAUUUUACAGCGACUCCAGACCCAGAAAGGUCUGUAUUCAAACCGUUCAUCUUUGUGAAAAAUGCCCAUCUGCUGAAGGAAACUACUUCCCCAAGUUUUGGCCCAGAGGAUCCAGUAAAGAUGAAACCCCGUUUCCAGAGAAAGCCCGACCGCAAGCACCCGUUGUUUGUCAAAAACGAGCUAGUGGCUGCCAUGAUUGAAUCCUGCAAGGACAAAGGGCUGGAGAUAACAGAGAGUAUGAGGGAGCUGGAGAAGGAGACGGUAGAGAAGAUGAAGGAGAUUCUCACACAAGGCAUCGAUGAUCCUGAUCUUUUAGUGAACCUGUUCUCAAGCUCUGUUCAAAAUGAGUUGUCCAUUUACAACAAAAUCUGA